AUGCGCAUCUACACGUUCGCACUCAUGGCUUCCACUUCGAGUCUGCUACGCGACACGGCCUCUUCCGGAACAGUCAACUCCUCGCUGACGAAAGGUAACCUCCCGGCUAAUGUGGAUUUCUCUGAUGGUGUCAACAAUAGCGGCCUUGCCGAGCAGCCGUUGGUGGUACGCGAAACCACGUCUGGGGAAGAGAGAGUAGGACCUCCGAUUCCUACAGCGUUUGAGUCAGCCGUCAAAGAUGCAGUGGCGAAACUGGUGACUGCGAUGCACUCACACAGUGAAAGUGUGGGCCAACUGGAUCGGCUCACCGUUUCUGUCAAGAAACACGUGCAGGCAUUGGAUGAGUACGCUGUCAUGCGCUAUCUCGCGGGUCGCUAUCCCGAAGGGCUAACUAAGGAAAGCAUCGAGCAUGUGCUUGACUCACGUUUCGCGGUACUCCCGUAUCUGGGCGGGUUUUCUCAAUUGCAAGGAUGGGUACACAGUCUCAUAACCGCUGUUCAGCUGACGGAACGUACCAAAUCGGCGGAGAAGCGAGCGAUGUGGCUGCAGAAUGGAAAGUCUCCCGGCCAGGUGUUCAAGGAACUGGCCAUCGCAGGCGAAUCUCCGGCGGAGAAACCUGGUCAAUUAACAAACCCGUUUGCAUCUCCAGACUUCCUCGUGCUGCGGACGUACGUCGAGCAGUUCAAGGGGAUGUAUGAUCCGGGCUAUACGCUGCUCGAUGCAUUCCUCGAAGGAUUUGAUGGCCCUGCUAAUCUCGCAGAAUUUUUGUCGACCGCCAAGCUCAGCCAAUUCAAAGGGAACGACGCGCUGGAUAUGCUCAUAGAUCUGCUGCAAUACUGGGUCAAACAUGGGAAGAAACCAGGUGAUAUUGCUGGAAUGCUGAGGGAGGGCGGCAAGGAAGCAGAAUCGCCCUGGUUCAAGGAAUUUUUGGCCGUAUACAAGGUGUAUUACAACGAGAAAUAUGGUGGUCCAUCGGCAUCGUCGCACGUCUAG